UGUCCAAUCACCUUUCGGUAUUUUGUGAAAGACGAAUUUUGAACCCGAAAGCGCCUUUCUUUCUCUUCAAUUAGCUGAAUUACUUUUCACCAUCUAUCGACACCAACAACUAGUAUUUUAUAUUCAGCAUGGACGUGCAUUUACAGAAACAACUGCAUGACAAUUGUUUCAACUACAAAAGGGCACUGGCUCGAAUCAUAGACAAGUAUUCAAAACUCCAAUACUAUGACGGGGGGGUAGAGGUGGACCUUGGCGGUACAAAAAUCCAAACACUUGAAAAGUACAUGGGGCUGUCAAAAAAGGAGCUGAACAAGCUGGAAUCAAAGAGCCUGACAGAUUUGAGAGAGGAAUCAUUACGAGCGCAGGACAUUACACGGAACUCUCUGAUGGACUUCACACAUCCAGAUUUUGGAGCUGAUGAGACUCGUGUAUCCUCUGGCCAGUUUUCUGGGGACGACGAUGGGAUGUCUAGAAGUGACUCGACUCAGCUGACUGUGAGUUCAUUGGAUGAGAGUCAGAAAAGCUUUUCUGAAACGGAGCUCCAGCCUGAGGACCAAGAUGAGCAACUGGAAAUGACUCUGAGAAGUCGUGGCAGCACUUUGGUGGAGCUCUACCCCAGCAUGAUCAGUCGAAUAGAAAGGGCCUGGCAUCGGCAGAAUGUCUCUGAGGCCGCAGACUCAGUGCUGAGGAGGUACCGCAGGUGGCGGCAGCAGCCGAACAGAGGCAGUCUAAACAACACCUUUGUUGUCACACUGAGGCACACCAAUAGCAACCCAAGAAAGCUGACCAGCAGGAUGAUGCUCAAGGAGAACUCUGAGAAAGGACUGGUUGUGAGGACUCAAUCUGUCUCUCGCUCUCCUUUGCAGAUAGUAACCAAUCUGCAGGCUCUGCAAGCACAGCAGCUGUCUCCUGAGAGGGAGAGAGGCCCGCUGAGAAGAGAGCAGCACCAGCCUAUCCUAGCAAUGGACCUCUCUGGUUCUUUUGAGACAUUUAAACCACGAGAGAUCUCAUUGAAUGAGACCUUUACUGUGUCUGAAGUGUCCCAGCUGGGGGACCAGCCCCGCACUUACGCUGCCAGUCCUUCACGAGCUUGCUAUACCUCUGCAAAAGCAUCAUUGGACCUGUCUCAGAGGUCUAAAAGGCUUUCCCUCUCUGAGCAGGCUGUUGGGUGCUCUGCAUAUGUAGCAGAAACCACUGCUGUCAAAGAAAGACCUGAUAUCUAUGGCUCCCCAGUCAGGCAGAGUCCCUUAAAAGCAAGGAUGCUGACCAGCCUCAGUAGAUCACCUCACUCCUUUUCCAGAAGUCCCAACCAAUAUUCUGUGGAAAGCUUUUCCAGAGAGCCUAUAAGGCCCAGAUCUGUGUCCACUUUUCUGUCCUCCCCUCCACAAAAGCCUCUUGUGCCAUUGAGGAUGCUCUCCCCUCAAGACUCCCAUCUCUCCCUCCAGCCACAAAUGGGUUCACCUCAGUCAGUCACAGCAGAGGGUCGCCUCAGGCUCCGGCGGCACCUUUCCUUUGACUCCUCCCUGCCAUCGAUGCGCAGCACCUACUCACCAAAGAAGCUUGACGAGGACUUUCUAAAACUCUACCACAAGUUCGUCUGCCAGAAUAAAUCAUCUUUCUUCAAUGGCCAUCCCUGCCGUCUCUGUGCUAGAACCUCUGAGGCCAGCAGGGGCCACUCUUCCUCAGCUUUGGCAGCUCUCGCUUUGUCGCCUCACCGCUCCGUCCUGAGGAAACGACACAGGGACUUAGGCUGGGGCGGCCAUCCCCAGUCCAAACGCUUCAGGGACGAGUACUGCUCAUCUUCCCCGGGAUCCAAACGACAUGGGAAUGAGAUGCUGAGGCGCUGUCUCUCUCCAUCUGAGCUGUCUCACGAUGACCACUCCCAUAACUCCAGUAAAUACAGCGUGUUUAACAAAUUCGGCAUUCAGCAGCGCUCGGCAGAUGCACAUCAGGAAGCCUGGAUGAGACGGGGCCAACCUGUAUCUGUAGCUGAGUUUUCGGGCCUGGGAGAUUCACUUGAGAGCAGCAAAGCAAAUGGCUACUCCCCCAGAAAAUGGUGAACACGGAUGACAAAUCCUGUCCACAGAGGUUCUCCAACAAAUCCCAGAGUGGAAAACGAUUCAUAGUUUGUCAUGUAAGAAAUGUCAAAGUAUCAUGUAGCUGUGUAAUGUUACAAAUAUUUGGUGAGAAGUGGAUUAGUAAAGUUCAGAAGUUCACAGAAUGGGUGACAAUGGACGUGGGUAUUUCUCAGAUGGUUCAGUCUGAGCUCAGGAAAUCGUUUACUUGAUUGCAAUGCCACUGUAGAGACAUUAAAGCUCAAACUGGUCUUUGCUUUCCAUCCUA